UCCAUCCAAUGACAGGCUACACUGUCCCAUCUCGGCUACUGAUGCGCCUUUGAAGGAAACGGAAAAUGUCGAUGUCAACAUUUCAAAAGGUUACGCUGGUAUCGUGCCUACUGCUCUGCGUGGCUCUGCUCCUUCCCAAAAUGCUCCUGUCGCAAGGCAAAAAUGACAAACAAUCGGAGGGUGGAUCUGGGCAUUUCCCACCCAUGGUACGAAGACAGCUAGCACCUGAAGGACAACGAGCGAACGGUGCACAAUUCUCUCGAGCGCAUAACACUGAAGCUAUUGCCCGUGCCAAGGGUGGAGGAACAGGGGCUGCACCUGGUGGUAAAUCUAGUCUCGCGGGACAGAUUAUCCCCAUCUAUGGAUUUGGAAUCCUUCUUUACAUUCUUUACAUCCUCUUUAAGAUAACAUCAAAAGGGAAAACCUCCAAACCCCCUCAAAGUAGAUUGUCUACUUUGAGAUCAGAGAACAUGAAGAGAAAAAUCACUGACUUUGAGCUGACCCAGCUCCAGGAGAAACUGGAAGAGACAGAGGAUGUGAUGGAAAGGAUAGUUUCCAAGGCAGGCCACAGUCCAGAAAGAACGAUAAAAGGAGUUAGCUCAGAUCAGGAGGAGAGGCUGCUGCUUCAGCUUAAGGAAAUCACCCACAUGAUGAACAAGGGCAGUCUGCUGGAGGGUAUUAUGUCUGAGAAUAAAGCAGAGAGCCCAUGCUCCCAACACCAGGAAGAGUAUCCAGAAGAUCCAUACCCCAGGUCAGAGGGUGGGUGCUGCCAUCAUGGUCACCAUGGCUACCAGCACAUGGGAGAUGAGUGGACAGAGAUGCCAGAGGAUGGGGCGACAACUGACCCACCGGAGGAGAAUGAGGCGCAGAGUACAGGUGGAGUUGAAGACAUCUAUCCUGGGGAAACUGAAGACGCAUAUGGUGCUGCUGCUGACACUGAUGACAUGCUUAGGGAGAACAUGGGAGAGGAGGAUUAUGCUGUACACAGGGAGAGGGAAGAGCUGAUGGAAGAUGAAUAUAAUGUUGAGGAUCAGGUGCUGGAGAUCCAGCAAGUCAUGAAGGACAAGGACUGCUCAGUCUGGACGUCAGUCCUCUCAGAAUAUGACUGCCCAGCUGCCCAGCUCAGAAAGAGGAGCAAGAAGUGACCGAAAAGGAUCUGCUUUUUUUUUUUGGAUGGACCUUGCAUUAUGAAUAUACCUUUAGAGCUUUCCCUUUCACUGUCCCUUCAUAGUCUUCAUUCACACCUCAUUCAACUCUGGCAUGCUUGUGAAGAUAUAGGACAGAAUGUAGCAUUUCUAAAUUCUAACAUCAGGGCUACGCCAGGUGCACAAUUAAAGUGCUUUAUUCGUGGAGUGUAAAAAUAAUUUUAGAAUUAUUAUUUAUUUUUCUCUCAAAUGUACGCACCAAAGAUUUUAGAGCAUAGUGUUCUAGAAUCUUUGGCACGUACUGCUAUCACGCCUGGUAUAGCCAGUUCCAUUGAUUAUAGUGGAAGCUAAAUGUUGCAGUUCAGUGCUUCAGUUAUGUGCCGGGUGUAGCCUGUCUGCAAGGUGUAUGCUCUUGUUUUUGUGGGAAUAUCAAGCUUUUUUGUCAUGGUUGCUGUUUUAAUUUAUUAUGUUUCCCUGAAAUGUUGAAUUAUUAUUGAAUUCGUUGCCCUGUAUGAAUUAUUGUUGUUCAUGAACAUACCAUUUUAAAAAGGGACACUCUCUCAGGGCUUGUUUAAACAUAAUGCUUCCUAAUCGUUCCUUAACAUUUAUUUUCUUUCUGUAUUCCUAAAAAAGGUUGUGAUUUUGAAAACGUAUAAAUACCUAGUCAGUUACUGUGCAAUUUUUUUUUUGUUUAAUCACAUCUUUUUGUUUUUCUUAAGCUUAUAGGUAAUAUUGGGGUUUAGACCCUUGGUUUGCAUGUUGUGAAUAUAAUUUUUUUAAAUUUUUGAACAAAUCACCCCAUACUGUUCGUCAACUAUUGAUAUGCAAAAUACAUUUACGUUUUUUGUUUCCAUAGCACACACGGAAUUCUAUGAAAUUAAACAACUUAAAUUUAACUCUUUAAAUGAAAUAAAUUCUUUAAAUUCC